AUGUCUGCAGCUCCCACUACUCGCGCCCUGGUCCGUCAAUCAAAACUUCUCCUGCGCCGAAACAAUUUUAGACAAGCUUCCACCGCUUCUGAAGCCGCCGGCAAGGCCCAACAAACCGGUCAAGAAGCUAUCUCCAAAGCUUCCGAAGGCCUGAGUCGUGUCCAGAGCUCCGCAUCCUCCGCCAUCACCAAAGUCGGCUCAGCAACAGCAGGUGCCCUGGGAAAAAUUGGCGGAAGAACGGGUAGAUUGAUUUCGGCAGUUCAAUCAUUAAUACCACCAACCAUUUAUUACACUCGUGUUGGUGUUGAGCUUUCCAAGAUUCUCUAUCGAGGUCAACAAUGGGCUCCUCCGUCCCUGGCUCAGUUUCAAUCAUAUUUCCAACCAGUCACUAAUGCGUUCCGCAAUCCUCGAUCUCUCGGCUCGAGCGCCGCCUCCGUCUCUAACGCGAUAAACCUGGAAACAAUUCUCCGCAGUGUCAGAAAUGUCAACCGUCAACAAUUAACCACUGUAGGACUUGUUUCGGCCGAAGUGCUAGGUUUCUUUACUGUGGGCGAGAUCAUCGGUCGGUUUAAGGUUGUUGGCUAUCACGGUGCGCCUUCCCACGAGCAUUAA